AUGAAGAAAACUAGACAUGGAUCAUCUAACUAUACGGAGAAAGAGCCUCAGUUUACAAGAAUAUUGAGUGAUAAAGCUCAAGAAAAUCCAGUUAGGCUUCAUUACUGUGACGGUGCUUCUUUCAGUGGACAUGGACAGGAUGAGGUUGCACAGCUUCAGUUUAGAGGAGAGCGUAUCUGGAGAGCCGCUAUAGAUGAUUUAAAGGCCAACAGAAUGCGAUACGCCGACCAGGCACUUCUCUCUGGAUGCUCAGCUGGUGGUUUAUUAGCAAUAUUACGCUGCGAUGAGUUCAGAGACAUUAGUGAUGCUUCAUGA